AGAAUGGUUAGCUAGGUUAGAAUUGGUUAUCUGUCUUUUUAAUUUUUUAAAUUAUGGCAGGACAAUUAGCAAAUGUAACUAGAACAUUUCAAAAAUUAACGUUAGCUUUUAGAUGUAGAGUAGCUGCCGUAAUAAUUAACCCUAACAAUGAAAAUGAUGUUCAUAUUCUAACACAAACUUCAACAAGAAAUACAAAUUUUUUCAAUAAGUUGCCUGCACAGGAUCUAUGGAAGGGGAUUACCUCUGUAAGUAAUGCUGGUAAAAAGAGAGGUCGAGGUAAAAAUGUAUCUAAAUCUAAAAUAAAAGACUUGAAUCGUGGUCAAAUAAUAGGGGUAGGGAAAGCAAAUAUAGUUUGGCCCGGUCUUUCUGCUCCUAUAAUUAGAGGAAAGGAGCUGGUAGAACAACAUCAAUUACCAGAGGAUCCUGAGAGAGAAAAGAAACUGAUUCAAAUAAGAGACUCUAUGGGUACAUCUAAAAGACCCAAAUUAAGUCCUUUAGAACGAGGUUGGUCUGGUGCUAAACUACCUGGAAGAAGUAUUGGACCUCCGGAUCCCAUAGAAGAAGAAACGUUUGAAGGUUUUGAUACAAAAGUAUUAGAAUUGAAAACUGUAUUUAAUAUGAAAGGGAAUUUUGGUAGAAAGAGACGACAAUCUGCUCUAGUAGUAACUGGAAAUGGUAAAGGUCUUGCUGGUUUUGCUUUAACAAAAGGAGCUGAAGCUAAAACUGCUCUAAGGAAAGCAAAAAAUAGAGCUGCUCAAAAACUAAUGCAUAUAAAGUUAUAUCGAAAUCAUACAGUUUGUCAUGACUUUUUUACCCAGUUUGGUACUACAAAGAUUUAUGUUUGGCAGAAACCCGAAGGACAUGGUUUAAUAUGUCAUAGAGCUAUUAAAACAAUAUGUGAAGUUGUUGGUAUUAAAAAUCUCCAUGCUAAAGUCGAGGGAUCAACAAAUGUAGGAAAAAUCAUGAAAGCUUUCUUUUUGGGACUGAUCAAACAGAAAACUCCCGAAGAAAUUGCUGAAGAGAAAAAACUACAUCUCGUCGAAUUUUGCAAAGAAAAUAAUUAUUUUCCUAAUAUUAUUGCUUCUCCAAAGGAAUGUAGGAAAUUAGAAGAAAUUCCUAAGGAUGAAAUUUUAGAUUAUAAACAAUAUUGUUUUGAUGGAAGGGUUGUAUUGAAAAAGAAAAAGUACCCACCAUUUUAUGCAACUUAUAAAUCUUAUGAAUUAUAUUUGAAAAAACAAGAAAAGAUCAGGAACCAGAAUGAAGUCAGAAGAAAUUUGAGAGCAGAAUAUGGUGAAAUUAGAAGUCAUUUGGCAGAUAAAUAUCCAGAAUGUAAACAAUAUAGAAGUGAAAAGAAAGAAAACGUAGAUGAAGAAAAUGAACAAUGAAAAUUAAAUAAAUAGUUUUAUCAGUUUUUAUAUUGCCUUGUUUAAAACUUGUUGUUAUUUCCCCCAAAUGAAUAAUCUUGUGAGAAAUUACACAAAAGUAAAUCAUU